AUGGAUCCUAGGUUCAAUGGAGAGUGGAGUGCUUCUGAGAUCCAGACAGUGAAGUCUCACAUCGCUAGGUACAACACCAACACUUAUGCAAACAACAUGAAAAAGAAGCACACUGACAUUAUGGAUGAGCUCCAAGCAAUAUUUCCAUUGAAGGAGAAGCAUCAGGUAACCAACUUGUACGUUGAACUCAUGAUGGAGAUGAUGCAGAGUGGCAACCAGCAUGUAGUAACAAGCAAUAACCUCAUGAUUGGCAAUUUCGGAAUGCCACUAGAGGAUCCUUCCAUGGGAAACAUGGAACUGUUGUGGGAUCCUCUAAAGGAGGAAAUGGAGGCCAUGAGUAAGGGGAUAGAGGUGCCGCAGAGAGAGCCCACGCCUCGGAAGGAGAAGCAACAUGCCACAAGGAAAUUUCUCAAAGGUUUGGAUGCAUAUGGUCGCGGAAGCUGGAAGAACAUUUCCAGGCACUUCGUUCCCAACAAGACCCCGGUGCAGAUCUGUAGCCAUGCCCAGAAGUAUUUUCGAAGGCUACAAAACGCAAAUAAGAAGCAACGCUACAGCAUCAAUGAUGUCGGCCUCUAUGACACUGAGGUUGGGGCGCAAAACAACGCUUCCGGUUGGGAGGGGCUCACCAACACCGGUGGUGCAUACAACCCAAAUCACUAUGGCUCCAACGAUCAACCAGCUGCGAUGAACAAUCUGGUCCAGGUCACGUCACCGCUCCCGCACAUCACUGGCCAAGUGGGCAGCAGCCAGACUGCCACAUUGGCUAAUGGUCCUCCACAACAGAUGGGAGCUAGUAGUUCUUCUGCGGCUCCAUCAAUGGAGGGGGCUGUGAGCCAGAUGGGUUGGAUUGGUGAUCAGCAGGAUGAUAUUUUUGCUAAUCAGUGGAUCAUGAACAUGCACAUGAACUAG